AUGGGCCUCAAAAUCAACCUCCUUCUCACAGCUAUAAGUGUGGGUCCCCAGCUUUACAACGCCUUCUUCGGAAGCUGGACCUCCGAUCUUGCCUCGUUCAUGCAAUCCAUGGCCCCGGGUAGACUCAGCCGAGACGCUUGUUAUUUCGUGAAAAUGGGCGGCAUUUAUGACGACCUGAAAUGGGAAUACCGUGCUUCCCAUCUACGUUGCGAGUCCAUGUCAUUUGGUAACCCUGUCCCCAGGGUCCUGGAGGACUACAGGAAACAUGUUGAAGAGACCGGUUUGCGUGAUAUGCAGUGUGUGCGUGUGGGGGUGGAUACCCGUUGGGAUGGGUGGGUGAAAGUUGGCCCACGACACGGAUUUGAUGAGGAGAUGUACUGCGGUUUGACGUUAGAUUUCAGUGAAAGGGUUUGUAUAUCGGAGGACGGGUGCAGGCGCCCUGAUUCGGAGGAGGAGAGCAAGGUUGAGUCUGAAAGUAAGAGUGAGCUGUGA